GAUAAUUACAAACAGGUUCUAUGAGAAAAUUCCCCCUUCCCUGCCAGGACAGGCCACAUGACUAAAUUAUGUAAACCAGAAGUGUGUUCAGCAUGGAGACCGUAAAGAAAGGAGAGAAAAAGAUCACACAGCUGUGAAGGAAAAGCUCCCAUCUCUGGAUGAAUAUCAUCUCCUAUCCUGUUUGCAGUACAUUAGGAUUGUUCUUGUAUUCCGGACAGCCUGAGACUAAUUAUCCUAUGAUGUCUGCAUUCACCUUUAAUAACCUAAAGCUGGGAAAUGUGGAAGGCGUCACCUUGUCACUCACCAAAGAGCUUUCACAAUUCUACAGUAGACAUUUGGAUAUUUUGGCGGUAGUUGGAGCCGGCUAUACCGUGUGGAAAGGAUUUCAUUUGCUGAGAGGCUUUUAUAGCUUCAUAAAACAUCAAGUCUUCCCUCGUCUUUUCAGCAAUACCAAUACAAUACUACAAUAUGGAGAGUGGGCAGUAGUCACCGGAGGAUCGGAUGGUAUUGGCAAAGCUUAUGCGGAGGAGUUGGCCAGUCAUGGUGUCAGCAUCAUCUUGUUAGGCCGCAGCACAGAAAAGCUAAAAAAUGUGUCCGAGUCCAUAUCUGCAACCUAUGGAGUGAAAACCCGUUUCAUAGUUGCCGAUCUCAACAAGGGCUCGGAGGUCUUCCCAUCCAUUAAGGAGGCCCUGAGAGAUGUAGAUGUUGGGAUUCUGGUGAACAAUGCAGGAGUGUUUUAUGAGUACCCAGCCUGCCUCAUUGAAGUACCAGAGGAAAAAAGUCUGGAGAUCAUCAAUGUCAACACUGCGGCUGCUGUAAUGAUGGUAUAUGUAGUGCUGCCUGGUAUGUUACGACGGAAGAGAGGAGCAAUAAUCAACAUAGCCUCCAUAACAAGUUGUGCUCCAGUUCCUUUGGGAAAUGUGUAUGCUGCCUCCAAGGCAUUUCUGGAUAGUUUCACUAGAGCCCUGCAAUAUGAAUAUGGCUCCCAGGGAAUCUUUAUACAGAGUCUGAUUCCAGGCUUUGUGGUCACAAAGAUGAUAAAUUUUGCUGAAAUCUUGAGGAACCAAUCCAUAUUCAUACCACUGCCGAAAGACUAUGCGUAUAAUGCUGUAAGAACAAUUGGGACGACACUGAGAACAACUGGACACUGGUCACAUGGCCUCCAGCUAUCUAUAUUAAACUGGAUGCCAGAACGCAUUUGGAUGUUUCUAUGGGCCUAUUUGAACAACAAGUCUCGAGCGGAAUACCUGUCCAAAGAAAAGCAGAGCUGAGAGCUUUUUCUUCAUGGUUUGCAGACACAAUGUCCUGUAACAUUUGUGACCACAUUAUCAUUCUUCUUUGAUAAUAAUUUUGAAAUAUAACAACACUAAAAAUUUCUUUGUACUUUUGCGACAACUGUGUCUGGGAUUAAAGAUUGAGUCCUAUCAUUAACUAUUUCAGUAAUACCAUAUAUAGCCAAUAAAA